UUUCGCAUCCCAAUCAGCCAUAAGCUGCAUCAGAGUCGAGGCUCGAGCCCCCGCUGAAUAUCCGCGAACCGCCCGAGCAACUGGACGACCAGAUGGGGAGACCACGGAAGACGAAGGCGAAGGCCGAGGCCCCGCCCCCCGCCCUCUCCAUCGGCAACUGCAAGGUGGAGAUCCACGGGAGCGGCCUAAGGUGCGCGUCCACGGAGCAGAAUCUCACCAUUUCGGGAACCAGGGGCGCGAAGAUUCUCAUCACUGUCGAUGGAGCCAGGAGUUCUUCGGGUGGGACUGGUGAGGGGUCUGAUUUCAUCCUUCUGAACCCCAAUGAAGCCGAUAGCCUAAAUAAAUCUUUGCUCCAGGAAGUAUUGAGGCUUUAUAAGAAGGAGCUUUCAACUAUGGACUAUGCUGCUGACACUGGGAAAAAAUCAGGGUUUCUCGAAAAAUGCAUAAUGAAUGGGAAGUACAAGACUCUAAUUCUGAGGUCUAGUUCACUUGCCGGGCCUGAAGAGAUCAUAGCUGCUGUAUCAUAUCAGAUAGUGCCAGCUGACACACAAUAUGCUGAAAUACCCCUGGCAGCCGUGACAUCGCCUUUUCAACGUGUGGGUUUUGGUCAUCUGUUGUAUAAGGAACUUAGCCAGCGACUUCAAAAUGUUGGUGUUACCAGUAUAUUCUGUUGGGCAGAUAAGGUCUCUGAAGGAUUUUGGCUUAAACAGGGUUUUGUGUCUGUUGGAGAGGUGGAUACAAGAGGUAAGAUUCGAAGAAUUCCAGUAAGGGCUGAUAUCAAGAGAGCAUUAUGCUUUCCAGGCAGUUCAACACUUAUGGUUACACAUCUUAAGAAGGAUUUGCCAACUACGUCCAAAAACUCACUACGAGAACAACAAACUUCUCAGCUCCAUGCCGUGGUACCAGAUACCAUGUCUCCUGGUGAUAUGGAUACUGUAGUUCCCUCCUGUGAAAAUUUGUUUCCCCAGACCACUGGAUGCCACAAAGUCAGCAAGACUGCAAAGGUGGUAAGACAUGAAGCUUCUGCUGGAAGUGAAGGAUGCUCGUUAUCUGAUCAACAACCAAAGAAACGGACAUAUGAAACCUCAUCGUCUUCACUGAAGUCAAAAAGAGUAAAAUGCAGCGGUCAUGCUGACCAUACACAAGACAUGAGACAGAAUGAUAUCUGUGACAAAUCUCUAUCCAUGUAUAGCACACCUUUGGCUCCUAGUAUGGAAUUCCACGUUGACAACAAAAUAUCAGGAGAUGCUAAGGCCACUACCUGUUCCAAUGGAAGGCCUUCAGUUAUGCUCAUGAAUAUUGCAGAUGAAACAAAGAAGAUGCGGCUUACAGAGGUAGUUGAAAUGCUUGGGGGAGUUGUUACCUGUGAAGGAAGUUCAUGCACACAUGUCGUUACUGGAAAAGCUCGAAGGACUAUGAACUUUUGUACUGCUUUGAGCUCUGGGGCUUGGAUAGUUUCUCCAAAUUGGCUAAAACAGAGCUUUAAACAAGGGAAAUUUGUAGGUGAAGCAGAACAUGUUCUGGAUGAUGAAGAAUAUAAGAUGAAGUACAAGUCUGAAAUGAGAGAUGCGGUUAUGAGGGCUAAAGAGAGGCCUUGCUUAUUAUUUUCUGGCUACACUUUCUGUUUGACCAAGCACAUCGAACCCUCUCCUGGUGUCCUCUCUCCAGUUAUCAAAUCCUCUGGUGGCAAGAUCAUCAAUAAGCUGGAUGACAUAGAUGAGCCCUCAAAGACAAUCUUCUUGGCUUGUGAAGAAGGCAUGGAGCUUGCAAUGGAUGCAGCAAAAAGAGGCAUAAAGACAUUCAGCAGUGAGUGGCUCAUGACCUGUGUCAUGAGGCAAGAGGUUGAUCUUGAGGCGCCCCCGUUUGCAGAAUCUCUCUGAUGUGCUCCAAGUUAAUUUAUAGUCGAGGGGCUGAACUUAUACUUACUUUUGCGAAGUUAUUGCCUUCGUUGGCUAUUGUAAAUCCGGUGUCUCAAAGCUUUAGGGCUUUUCUGUAAAGAUAUGACCAUCCGUCAUGUGACUGCAUGUAGAAAUUAUCAAACUGGACAACUUUCUGCA